GCCUCAUCGAUAUAUUGCUAUUUUCGCUUGCACUUGCAGAACAACGAGGUUAAAGGUCACAACGUAAAACGGACACACAACGCACAAAACAAAUUUUAUUUUUCAUCAGAAAAUACUUUCAAAUAAGAGGGAAAGUAUGUCUAAGUUUGGUCCUGAAUUCGAUCAGAUUUGGCCCAGAGUCGGCACUCAACUUAUGCUAGGAACACAAUUGGAGCGAGCGACGAAUUUCGCCCUACGCGGCGACAAAAUGAGCCGCGAAAAUUCGUCGUAUGGAACACAAUACCCACGAAAUUAUAAAACAGCUGAUGAAGUUGUUUACUUUUUGCUCAUUUGUUGACUACAAUGAAUUAUACAAGAACACAUAAUUCUUUACGUUCUCUAUUAUAAUUUCACUUAUGUCCAUCUUCUCUAUUAUAAAUUCACUGAUAUCCAUCUUCACUCAGGCGCAAGUACACAAAUAAAUAAACAAAUUAAUUAUGUUUUUUUAUACGAGUAACAGAUAGUAGAGUGACCAUAACAAAUUUUAAAGUAAAAAGUAACUUUAUUUACUAAAACACAUAAAAUUCGUACAAGUAUGGCCACCUUGUACUGUUUUGUUCGCCGGUCGCCGGCGUAUGAAAUAGAAAUAAAGCUAAUUGAGUUCGCGGCGACCGACGAAAUUUUCGCCGGUGCCGUGAUUGUGUGCACUUCCAUAUACACAUAUGUGUUUUAUUUUUGACGACGAACAUACGCCGCGAAAAAAUUCGUCGUUCGCUCCAAUUGUGUUCCUAGCAUUAGAUUAACAGAAUUCGGCAAGAAGCUUUUAAGACAGUGUGAAAAUAUUAAAAAGCCGGAAAAUGUCGAUGUUGAUAUUGCGGCAUUUAUGAAGAAAUCAUCAGAAUUUCCCUUGGAGUUUGGUUCUAAUAACUGCAGGGUAAUGAGUCAGCCCAAGGAUCGUUACCAGAAUAUCAAGAAGCAAAUCGCAUCAGCAUAUCCAUUGAUCCAUGAAAGGAUGUUGCCAUUGUAUUUGGAUUUCUUGGAAUAUAAAUGCCAGUAUGGUCAUCCAAAAGAAAAAGUUCUCUACAAAAAUAUGUUUUUGGAGGCUUUUGUGCAACGUUUGCUGACCAAACGAUGUGUACUCUUUGCUGAUCCCGAGGAUGCUUACAUGUUGCUCAAUGGCAGAUCUGGCUACGGGGAUGAUUACGAUUUAAUUGGAACUGAUGAAGAACAAGAACCAUUGGUUUUAAGCACUUGCCUGUCCUAUGAUGAAGUCAAGCUUUCAGCCUUCCUUUCAGUCUCAUCCCACAGCGAACUAAUCAACAGUGGUACUCGUGAAAAUAUGGCAGUUAUUGAAAAGGAUCUGAGCAAAAUUGAACGUGAAGGUGUGGUUAUUGGUCUAAUUGGUGCUCGUUUCCAGCGACCAUUUGUUAUGGACUGUCAGGACAUUUUGAUUAACAGCGAACAAAAUGUCGAAGAAAGUGGCUAUGGUCCCCGAAGUUCUUCCUUUUAUUUACUUGCAAAGAGACAUUGCGCAGAAGAAAACCGCCCCGAAAUAAUAGCGGCCAUAGAAUAUCGUAAAAUUUGGGAGGCAUUUUAUGAAGAUCCUAGUUAUCUGCAUCGCAAUGUCAAGAAAGACAAUCACAGAUUUGGUGAUGUUUUGAGCUUUGAUCCAACUGACAUUUUUGACAAUGUUGUAAUGAAAAAACGUUUUACCAUACCGUUCGACGCUUUGCUCUUGGAGGCCCAGUCAAGGGCAGCUCAUUUAAAUAAACAAGCAUACGUGCAUAUUGUUGGUAUCGGUCUGGGAGUGUGGCGUGCAGCAGUAAAACAGACGGACAUUUUCUUGGAAACUUUUCACCAAAGAGUUCAACAGCUAUUACCGAGGUUAAAUAAUAUUGGCGUUUUACAUUUCUCCUGGUUCGGAGUGGAUCAAUGCGGUGAUUUAAAGCAUAAUGGUUUCAUUACAUCGUCAACACAUCCACGCGGUGGCAUAAAAACAUUCCUAUCAAAUCGUAAUCCAGCGGAUAAACUUCAUGCGCCAGAUUUUUCCGAUAUGCUCUUGGUCAUAUUCUAUGCCUGGGAUGCUAAUGCAUUGCCGGAAACAAUUGGGUAACUCUAGCGACUCUUCAACGGCCAGCAGUACUCUGAUUACAGAACUACAUAACGGUCACAUCAAUACGGAGUGGGUGUGCGGUGCAAAUCUUCACAUAGCAAGUGCUGAACAUGGUGUCAUUCACAUCAGUUAUUACGCGAGGAAAACCAAUGGAGCAAAUACAUGAUUUGAGAAUUGGUGGAUAGGAAGUAAAAAACUUUCAACAAUUUUUUUAGUGUAAAUCUGAUUCCAAUUAUUUGUUUUUAAGCAUCAUUUUAUUUUGUCGUAUCAAAAUAUUUGUUAUGAAUAACGUCACCACGUCACCAUAUUAACAUGAUCCUGUUAUCGGUGACGCCUCUCUUUCCCUGGGAAUAUUCUUGCAUUGCAAACGCCUUUUUAUAAGGCAUUGCUGCCGUCGCUUUGAAAUAGUAGAAUGUAAUGUUUGAUAUAUAUAAUAUUCUAAUUUGAACUUUCUUUAAACCAAUACACAUAUUUAAUCGCAUCUCCUAACAAAAUCUCUCAAAUUAUAAAUUUGAUUACCAUUUUUGUUCAAUUAUCCCCAGCUUUGGAAAGAUCUCAUAGUCUGGCAACUCUAUAUCACACAUUUGGCAUUAGGUUUGCCUUUCUACCAUGGUAGAAGAAUAUAGGUAGACGCGUCGACACAGCUGCUGGGGCAAUGAACUGUCAAACCAAUUUUGAAAUUGAAAAUGUUGAAUGAAAAAUUAUUUAAAUUUGUAAAAAUUCUUGAAAAACGCGAAUUAUAAUAG